AAGCGAGGACGCCAUUUUUCUCUUUAGUAUAAUCCGGAUGUGGGUUGAAAACGGUUUGAGCCGCAAACAAGCAAUCCAAAAACGGCUUGAAGUGGGACCACUAGUCUUUUAAUUGCUGCACAGCUGAUUGAAAAUCGACAGCAUUGUCUCUUUCGGGUUGUUGUUGUAGAUGUUUUUAAAAAAGAAAAUACGAACAAGAAGUGUGUAUAAAGCAUAACUGAUACCUCACUCCAUUUUAAUAUACUAUUUAAACAACGCAGUAAACAUAUACACAUACAAGCAGAGGCGGAGUUGCUAAGCAACUAGGCAACAUUAGCAGUAAAUAGUUUGGCAAAUCCUGAUGAAGACUGAGAAGAGAGAAUGAAAUCGACAGACUUCUGUCUCAGUACUGAAGGAGCAGAUGUUAUUCUAGCAACAUCAAGUGAUGAAAAAUACCCUCCAGAAAAUAUCAUUGAUGGACGACCUGAAACAUUUUGGACAACAACUGGGAUGUUUCCACAAGAAUUUAUUAUUUGUUUUCAUAAAUGUGUUAUUAUAAGCAAACUCACAAUCCAGUGUUAUUUAGUGCAGACAUUACGGAUUGAAAAAAGCUUAUCUAAAGAUCCAGUAGAUUUUGAACAUUGCAUUGAAAAAGAUUUCAACCUGAGGCAUCAGGUUUCAUGUACACUGGAACCAGAAGAUCUGCUAUCUUCCUGUUUGCCUGGCCAACCAGACCUGGAAUAUAAAGAAGGGGAGCUUCAAACAGAAGAAUUUUCUUUUCCUGAGUUCCAGGCUACACACCUGAGAUUCAUCAUUUUAUCUGCCUUUGAUACUUUUGUGUCAGUUCAUAGAGUAAUGACAGAAGGAAUAGCACAAGAUGUUUAAAAUCAAAGUAUAAGAGCUGUGAUCAGAAUAAUAAUAAUAAAAUGGUUUCGAUCUUUUCUGUAUGUUAAGUAAUACAUGCUUUGCAUUAAAGAAUGUUUUGCAAAAUGAGUCUUUUAUAUUAUUUUGCUAUAGAAUUGUUUCUUCAGUCAGAAAGUUCUGAAACAAAAUAUGCUUAUACUACUAAAUACAUCUUGCUUUCUGCAAGCAAAUAUUUUCACAGCUCCUCACUCAUAUGUUGAAGCAUAUGAAUGGAGAAGUCUGCAUUCUGGACUUGCCCCAGUUUGAGUUCCUAACACAAAUUGCUCCCUUUCAUAAUUUGUGGCUAUUUCAAGUGUGUGAAUUAUUAAACCAAUAUUUUGUCUGCUAAGUUUUGGACUAUGCUGCGCUGUUUAAAACGAAGAAUGUAAACAUGUUGUGUUAGAUUUAUUUAGAAAUCCAGAAUAUGGUAUACUGCGUGUAUGAGAAUGAUCAACUUUCUAUGCAUUGGAAGUACUUUAAUAAUUUUGAUACCACCAUUGUAUGUAUGUGAAGUUCAAGGAUCUUUGUAUGCAGAUUGAUAUGUAUUCAUAUCAUAAAGAACUAUUUGACUAGUUGCAGAUUGUCAGAGGUUUCUGCACUUUAUCAAACAGCUGCCUUUCAUGUCAAGUGGCAAUUUGUCUUUGCAACUGAGGAGAGUUCUGCUGUUCAGAGUAAAAGGUUAAAAUCACACUAGGUUCAUAGAAACAUUUGGUUACACUUUAAGUGACUGUGGAUCCUGGCUAAUGUCAUUUACUCUUGUUAUGAAGACUGAUCCAUUAUUGACUAAAAUAUUCAAGAAACUGUCUUCUAAAAGGGAAUGGUGAGAAAUGAACAAAUAUGACCAAAAUUUACAUUGCUUUUUCCAAGUUCCUUGAGUUGAUAUUGGCCUGAGCUGAAUGCAUGUUAAAUAAUGUUUUUACAUUACUUGCAUGAAAUUCUCCCUGAAUGUUAUCUGUGGUUCUUUGCAAGAAACAAAAGUAAAACUACCACCCAGUA